AAAAGAAAUUCCCCUCCAUUCAAAUCUGCAACAGCCUGAUUAAGGCGAGGAAACUGAUGCUCAAAAAAUCAGAAAAUUUGCCCAAGAUCGUUCAGGUUAAGUCCAUUUAUUGAAACAUAUUGUUCAGAUCCUGAGUGACAUAACUGGAGCCAACACGGUGCUAUGGAGAACUAUGAGAUUUAGCCUGGAUAUUAACUUGUCUUCUAGAGAAUAGAUUUAGUAUUCCAUUCUGCUGUAAUGGCUAAUUCACGCAGAAAACUAAUAUUUAAUAUUUACAUAGGAUUUUACUGCUCAGCAGUCAUCCAAAUAUGUAUUUGUUCUCAGUUCACAAGUUCAUCUAUUGAUCCGUUCAAUAAGGACCGUGGGGCUUUCCCAGUAGCCACCAACGGGGAAAUAUUUCCUUGGUGUGAGCUAAGGCUCCCCACCAUGGUCAUUCCCCUCCACUAUGACCUUUUUGUCCACCCAAAUCUCACCUCCCUGGACUUUGUUGCAUCUGAGAAGAUCGAAGUCUUGGUUCGAGAUGCCACCCAAUUCAUCAUCUUGCACAGUAAAGAUCUUGAAAUCAUGAAUGCUACUCUUCAGUCAGAGGAAGAUUUGAGAUACAGGAAACCAGGGGAAAAGCUAACUGUUUUGAGUUAUCCUGCUCAUGAACAAAUUGCACUGCUGGUUCCAGAGAAACUUAUGGCUGACCUGAGAUAUUCUGUGGCUAUUGACUUCCAGGCCAAGCUAGCUGAUGGUUUUGAAGGCUUUUAUAAAAGCACAUACAGAACUCUUGGUGGUGAAACAAGAACAAUUGCAGUAACGGAUUUUGAGCCAACCCAGGCACGAAUGGCUUUCCCUUGCUUUGAUGAACCACUGUUCAAAGCCAACUUUUCAAUCAAGAUAAGAAGAGAGAGCAGACACAUUGCCCUAUCCAACAUGCCAAAGGUUAAGACAAUUGAACUUGAAGGAGGCCUCUUGGAAGAUCAUUUUGAAACUACUGUAAAAAUGAGUACGUACCUUGUAGCCUACAUAGUUUGUGAUUUCAACUCUGUGAGUGGCACAGCCUCGUCAGGGGUCAAGGUGUCCAUCCAUGCAGCCCCAGACAAAUGGAGUCAAACACAUUACGCUUUGGAAGCAUCACUGAAGCUGCUGGACUUUUACGAAAAUUACUUUGAUAUCCACUAUCCACUCGCAAAACUGGAUCUAGUUGCCAUUCCUGACUUUGAAAGUGGAGCCAUGGAAAAUUGGGGCCUUGUCACAUGUAGAGAGACGUCACUGCUCUUUGAUCCCAAGACCUCUUCUACUUCUGAUAAACUGUGGGUCACCAAAGUCAUAGCUCAUGAACUAGCACACCAGUGGUUUGGCAACCUGGUUACAAUGGAAUGGUGGAAUGAUAUUUGGCUCAAUGAGGGUUUUGCAACAUACAUGGAACUUAUCUCUGUUAACGUCACAUAUCCAGAGUUACAAUUUGAUGACGAUUUUCUGAACAUGUGUUUUGAAGUAAUUAAAAGAGAUUCAUUAAAUUCAUCCCGUCCUAUCUCCAAUCAAGCAGAAACUUCUACUCAAAUAAAGGAAAUGUUUGAUGCUCUUUCCUAUGAAAAGGGAGCUUGUAUUUUGAAUAUGCUCAAGGAUUUUCUGAGUGAGGAGAAAUUCAAGAAAGGAAUUAUUCACUACUUAAAGAAGUUCAGCUAUAGAAAUGCUAAGAAUGAUGAUUUGUGGAGCAGUUUGUCAAAUGAUUGUUUAGAAAGUGAUUCUGCAUCUGGUGGAUUUUGUUAUUCCGAUUCCAAGACAACAAGCAGCACACUGGCCUUCCUGCGGGAAAAUGUGGAGGUGAAGCAGAUGAUGGCUACCUGGACUCUGCAGAAAGGAAUCCCCCUCGUGGUGGUUAAUCGAGAAGGGCGUUCGCUCAGACUGCAGCAGGAGCGCUUCCUGAACGGGGUGUUCAAAGAGGACCCUGGAUGGGGGGCCCUGCAGGAAAGGUACCUUUGGCAUAUCCCAGUGACCUAUUCCACAAGUUCCUCUAAUGCAAUUCACAGACACAUUCUGAAAUCAAAGACAGAUACUCUGGAUUUACCUGAGAAGACCAGUUGGGUAAAAUUCAAUGUGGACUCAAAUGGCUACUACAUUGUCCACUAUGAGGGGCAUGGAUGGGACCAGCUCAUUACACUGCUGAAUCAGAACCACACACUUCUCAGACCUAAGGACAGAAUAAGUCUGAUUCAUGAUGCACUUCAGCUAGUAAGUGCAGGAAGGUUGACUCUAGACAAAGCCCUUGACCUGACUCGCUAUCUCCAACAUGAAACAAGCAUCCCUGCACUUCUCAAAGGCCUGGAAUACCUAGAAUUGUUUUACCACAUCGUGGAAAGAAGGAAUGUUUCAGAUGUCACUGAAAAUCUCAAGCAUUACCUUCUCCAGUAUUUUAAGCCAGCGAUUGACAUGCAAAGCUGGCACGACGAGGGCUCGGUCUGGGACAGAAGGCUUCGUUCGGCUCUCUUGAAGCUGGCCUGUUACCUGAACCAUGCUCCUUGCAUCCAGAAGGCAACUGAACUCUUCUCUCAGUGGAUGGAAUCCAGUGGAAAAUUAAAUAUCCCAACAGAUGUUUUAAAGAUUGUGUACUCCGUGGGUGCUCAAACAACAGCAGGAUGGAAUUACCUUUUAGAGCAAUACGAACUGUCAUUGUCAGGUGCUGAAAAAAACAAAAUUCUGUAUGCAUUGUCAACCAGCAAACAUCAGGAAAAGUUAAUGAAAUUUGAGUUGGGCUCAUUUCCCAUAAGAAUGAUCAUCUCUGGCACAACAUCUCACUUUUCUUCCAAGGAUGAGUUGCAAGAGGUGAAACUGUUCUUUGAAUCUCUUAAGGCCCAAGGAUCACAUCUGGAAAUUUUUCAAAUUGUUCUGGAAACCAUAUCCAAGAAUAUUAAGUGGCUGGAGAAGAAUCUUCCCACCCUGAGGAAUUGGCUACUGAUUAGUAUUUAAAUGGUCAAUAGAAACAGCACAUCAGAUGCAGGCUGUGUCUACAUGAAGUGGGCAAAGCUCAAGUCAAAGUCCCAGAUGGUUUAACCAGUAAGAAGCCUCAAGAAAUCAGCCAGCACAGCUACCUGUGCUCAGCUAUCAUCUCUAGCUGGCAGACGUAUGAUGCUGGGGUGAGGGAAGGCCAGUUCAGUAGCCUAUUUUAAAGUAAACUUUGUGAAUAAUGGAGAUAUGUGGAGACGUAUUGAUAAAUAUAGCUGUAAUAGUUUAGCUGCAACACAGACUGUCUACAAUGCCCGACAUUAUGCGACUACUACUUUGCUUCUUUGAUGUUUUUUUUAAACCUUGCAUAGAAUCCUGGAAUUAGCCCAACCAGGUUACCUUCAAGGAAACACAGCCAAUCUGCAAAAAAACCUUUCUUUUGCAUCCUUCCAUCUUCUUACUCUCCAGCUCCCUCAACUCAACCUGAAUAGUUUAAUAGCACCUUUGACUCUAGAUUUGACCUGUUCAUGGCCCUACCAAGGUUUGUAUAACACCUAAGUGAUAUCACUCUAGAAUUAUAUGUACUAUAGCAUAAGGAAACUGAAAGAGUAAAGAAUACUAUUUUUCCACCAAGAUAAUAUGUAAAUUAAGCAGUAAAAUAUGUAUGAGUUUCAGUAGAAUUGUGCCAUUAACAUUUCCAUGAAUAAGAAAAGUACUUUCUCUUGUGUAGUAAUUUAUCUACCAUAAAUUUCCAAGUUUUUAAUUCUCUUCCUUUUAGUUCUUUGUUUAAAUACAUUUUUAACCUCUCAGAUUCUUAAGAAUUGAGUACAGAAAGUGGAAAUUUUAUUAUUUGAUGAGAAUGAACGUGAGAAGUACUGUGCCAAUAACGUUUUAACAAAUAAAGAGUUUUUUAAAAAGAAA